UGCACAAUAAAAAAUCCUCGCCCACUUCCCCCAAGUCCGUUCUCUUUAUCUACAAAACACACUCGAAACGAAUCCUUUCUGAUUGGAGAACAUGUUGGUGCUUGUGUUAGGAGACCUACACAUUCCACAUCGGAAAAGUGGCCUUCCAGCUAAGUUUAAGAAGCUCCUUGUUCCAGGCAAAAUCCAGCACAUAUUAUGUACAGGCAAUCUGUGUACUAAAGAGUCCUAUGACUACCUGAAAACACUUGCCAGUGAUGUACAUAUUGUCAGGGGAGAUUUUGAUGAGAACGUGUCGUAUCCAGAGCAGAAGGUGGUGACAGUUGGUCAGUUUCGUAUUGGGUUGUGCCAUGGUCAUCAGGUCAUACCGUGGGGUGAUGUAGAGAGUCUUGCCAUGGUACAGAGGCAACUAGAUGUAGACAUCCUUAUCUCAGGACACACGCACAAAUUUGAAGCAUUUGAACAUGAGAAUAAAUUCUACAUCAAUCCUGGAUCAGCAACGGGGGCUUUUAAUGCAUUAGAAAGUAGUAUCAGCCCUUCGUUUGUCCUGAUGGAUAUUCAAGCAUCCACAGUGGUUACCUAUGUCUAUCAACUCAUGGGAGAUGAUGUCAAAGUAGAGAGGAUAGAAUAUAAGAAGAACUAGACAGUACAGUAAGACAACAGCUUGUGUAUCACUGCGUACCAACCACUCUUUUGUUACUCCACGGCAAAUACAGCCAACUCAAAACUCCUACUGGCCUUUAAAGGCACUAUGCUCAUAUGCAACAAAAUCCAGCAACAGCAACCUGUGUUUAGCAUGUACAAUUCAAAGUCUGCCUACCUUGCUAGGUUGAUGAUUGAGGAGCAGAGUUGCAUGUCCAACUAAACAUUUGGUAUAGGCUGGCAUUGCUGACCUUAAAGAACGCCACUAGCGUAGAAUUAUGUCGUAAGCAGAGCCAUGAAAUUGGGCUCAUAUCAGGGGCCAAUUUCAUAGAGCUGCUUAAGCAAAAAUUUUGCU